AAACAAAAGAAGAAGAAGAAGAAGAAGAAGGAUUGUGGGUAAUGACAGGCGCAUGACUUGAGGAGAGCUCAUGAAGAAAGUGAGCGGUUCGCCAUUAUCAAUGUUUAUGUAACAGUUAGUGGUGCAUAACUUGAUGUGCUUAGUUGUUAGCAUGCUUAUCGUUGGCGACUGUCGUGUUGUGGAGUAACAAGGGCGGGACUUGUGCUGGGUGUAAAUGCGAAAGAUGAGCCUCAAUGAGCAUUCCCUGCAAGCUCUGUCCUGGAGGAAGCUCUACCUCAGCCGGGCGAAACUCAAAGCUUCCAGUCGGACCUCGGCUCUACUCUCGGGAUUCGCUAUGGUAGCAAUGGUGGAGGUGCAGCUGGACAACAGCUACCCGUACCCGCCCGCUCUCCUCAUCGCCUUCAGCGCCUGCACCACCGUGCUGGUGGCCGUGCACCUGUUCGCCCUCAUGGUCAGCACCUGCAUCCUGCCCAACAUCGAGGCCGUCAGCAACGUCCACAACCUCAACUCGGUCAAAGAGUCGCCGCACGAGCGCAUGCACCGGCACAUCGAGCUGGCGUGGGGCUUCUCCACCGUCAUCGGCACGCUGCUCUUCCUGGCCGAGGUGGUCCUCCUCUGCUGGGUCAAGUUCUUGCCCAUCAAGCCCAGCAAGUCCAGCAACAACAGCAUGUCCGCCGGCGUGGCCGCCGCCAUCACCUCCACGUCCAUCAUGGUGCCGUUCGGCCUGGUGUUCAUCAUGUUCGCCGUGCACUUCUACCGCUCGCUGGUCAGCCACAAGACGGACAGGCAGUUCCAGGAGCUGGAGGAGUUGUCCAACCUCACCAGGCUGCAGAACGAGCUGGACAAUAGAGGGGACUCCAUUUUGAAUUCUCCCAGCUCACAUUUCCCGUAGACAACAGCAGUUUUUAAGCGAUAUUUAAUGUAUAUACAGUUUUUACGUCCGCGCCAUUUCAAUAAUACCAUGAAUGCAUGAAACUUGAAGUCACAAAAGUCUUAACUGUGAAUGUCCUUUAUCCGCACACUUGAACUUUGACCCCUGUCUCAUGUCUGCUGUGUUUAUUUACACCUUUCCCUCCCACAGUUUUGUUUAUACUGCACACAAGUAAUUCAGUAAUUCCACUUGUACUCGAGUUAAUUCCGGUUUUGCCGCUUUACACGUGAAGUUUUGCUAUCGAUUUGACCAUUUUAUUGUAUUUUUUUGCAGAAUGUAUUGACUGGAGAAGAAAGAACACAAAUGAAGUCAGUCAUGAGGCAUGCAGUGAGACUUUAGUAUGGAUGACUUUAUACUGUUGUGUGGCCAGCUAAAUGUCUUAAGCACCUGGGAGAAUAAAAAGUUCCUGCCUCUAA